CUCGGUGCCUCGGGUUGCAGUUAGACGGGAGUCUACACUGCUAGGGGCAGGCUGCAGAGAGAGGUCACCAGGGGUCAGGGGCAUCUUAUACCCAAGUGAGAAGGGAGGCACAGGGCGAGGCCAAGCUCGCCUCUGGUGGUCAGGGAGCCGCACUAGUCGGGGGGUUCGGCGUGCCGGCAGGCCCCGCUCGCUAUGGGGGAGGUGGAGAUCUCCGCCCGAGCCUAUGGGAAGAUGUGUCUGCACGCCUCUCGGUACCCACAUGCUGCGGUCAAUGGGUUGUUGCUGGCUCCCGCGACGCGGUCCGGAGAAUGCCUCUGCCUCACCGACUGUGUGCCUCUCUUCCACAGCCAUCUGGCUUUGUCCGUCAUGCUGGAGGUCGCUCUCAACCAGGUGGAUGUGUGGGGCGCGCAGGCCGGUCUGGUGGUAGCUGGGUACUACCAUGCCAAUGCGGUUUUGGAUGAUCAGAGCCCGGGGCCUCUGGCCUUGAAAAUCGCUGGGCGAAUUGCCGAGUUCUUCCCCAGUGCGGUGCUUAUUAUGCUGGAUAAUAAGAAACUGGUGACUCGGCCUCGUGUACCUCCAGUCAUUGUCCUGGAGAACCAGGGUCUCCGGUGGGUGCCUAAGGACAAGAACUUAGUGAUGUGGAGAGACUGGGAGGAGUCCCGGCAGAUGGUGGGCGCGCUGUUGGAGGGCCGAGCCCACCGGCAUCUCGUGGACUUUGACUGCCACCUUGACGACAUUCGUCAGGACUGGACCAACCAGCAGCUCAACGCUCAGAUCACUCAAUGGAGUGGUUCCACAGAUGGGAAUGCCUAAGCCAGAAGGGUCCAAAUACAAUAAAGACCUGGGCUGGUGGGCAACUAUGUAUUUAUUGUGUUUGGGAGGCAGAAUGAGGGAGAAACCCCAGCAGGAAGAAGACUGGGGACAGUCUAGAGUUCGUCUAGAGUUCCUGGUGAAGAGCAGGGAGGUUUCUGCUACACCCAUCACGGAAGGAGCGAGGGGCUCAAUAGAUCAUUCCCUUUGUUUCUCCACGGGGCUUCUUGAGCUUCUCAAAGUUCUUCAGGAUGAUGUCGUACAA